AUGUCCGCGCCGGUACCUAUUGCGAGAUCCCUAGAUGGUCCUGCACUGGCCUGCUGCGUUCCAAUGGUCACCGCGGCACCGCGGCACCGCGGCACCACCAGCAGACAGUGUCUUGGUCGUCUGGCCGUUCUGUACAACUACAGAGAAAGCCCCAUCUGCGGCGGCGGUGAAGGUCUGCGAUCCGACAGUCAAGACAGAAAUGGCGCCACCAACGACUAG